ACACACAGAGAACAUUUUUUUUUUUUUUUUUUUGCUGAGAACAAUUUGAACGAAGAAGAUCAGAGAAUCAGGCAAACCCAUACUAUCUUGUUCUUGUCCCUUCUUCAUCAUCUGUCACAUCUUUCUCCACUCUUUCUUCUCCUUCUUCUCCUUGUUCUUCUUCUUCUUAUAUGUCGGCCUACCACCAUUCAUGGCUUCCCACUAAUCGGCCAUCGAUUCUUUUUUUCAGGGUUUUAGUUUCGAGGGCUUUCAGCUUUUCCCGUGAUUUUCGAUGCCCUUCUUCCAUAAAUGCACAAACUCUAUAUUCUCCGUCAUAAAUUUCGCAAUAUUCUGCCCCCUUUAGUGCUUCCGUCGCGAUUCUCGAGGUUUAAACUCGGAAAUCUUCAGGAUAUGAGCGAGAGAAGUUUCAGAUUCAUACCCAUUUGUUCUUUCGAUCUUAUUUCUUCAUUCAAUGCCAAUAUUCACUCGUAAUUGCAUCUUCGGAGCAAACAACAUGUUGAUGCCUCCAGUUCUCCGAUUCCGAAAACUGCACUUCUUCUCGCCUUCCAAAGAACCCUCUGUCUCGCCCGAAGGAUCCCAGAUUACACCCGACGAGGAUAACACUGUCCCUGCGCCCAAACACCCCCUUCCAUCAUGCGCCGGCAAAAGCAAGAACCCCAAGGAACGGACACCGAAACGGCGCCGUCCCAGGGAAUGGAGGUGCAUCGACACCUGUUGUUGGGCCAUUGGCUACUUCUGCACGGCCUGGUGGCUCCUCCUCUUCAUCUACCACUCCCUGCCGGUUCCGGCGAUGCUUCAGCCGCCGGAAUCGCCGGGGACCAGGUUGAGACGCGACGGCGUCACGGCGGUUCAUCCGGUGGUUCUGGUCCCCGGAAUCGUCACCGGAGGUCUCGAGCUCUGGGAGGGCCGUCCUUGCUCUGAAGGGCUAUUCCGUAAACGUCUCUGGGGAGGUUGGUUCACGGAGAUCCUCAGACGGCCAUUGUGUUGGUUGGAGCACUUGUCUUUGGACGGCGAAACCGGUCUGGACCCGCCGGGAAUUCGGGUCCGAGCUGUCCCGGGGCUGGUUGCUGCCGAUUAUUUCGCCCCCGGUUAUUUCGUGUGGGCGGUUCUUAUCGAGAAUUUGGCGAAAAUCGGGUAUGAAGGCAAGAAUCUGCACAUGGCUGCUUAUGAUUGGAGGCUCUCUUUCCAUAACACUGAGAUUCGGGACCAAUCGUUUAGUAGACUGAAGAGCAAAAUCGAGCUUAUGUACAUAACAAACGGGUAUAAGAAAGUGGUGGUGGUUCCACAUUCAAUGGGCUCUAUCUAUUUCCUUCACUUCCUUAAAUGGGUCGAAGCUCCUCCACCCGAUGGAGGCGGUGGUGGACCAACUUGGUCAGCCGACCACAUCAAAGCCGUUGUCAACAUCGGAGCAACCUUUCUCGGUGUCCCGAAAGCCGUCAGUAACUUGUUCUCCGCCGAGGGUCGGGACAUCGCUUAUGCCAGGGCUUUGGCUCCUGGGCUCUUGGACUCGGAGAUUCUCAAGCUGCAAACGCUGGAACACGUUAUGCGAGUUUCCCGAAGUUGGGAUUCGAUAGUUUCUUUAUUACCUAAAGGCGGUGAGGCGAUCUGGGGGGAUUUAGAUUCUUCGCCAGAAGAAGGACAAGCUUGCAGUUUCUCCACGAAGAAAUCUCCGAAGCUGUCUGAAACCGAUCUCAAUUCUCGGAACAAUAGUGUCAAAUCGGUUUCCCGGGUGAAAGAGCCUACAAAGUACGGAAGAAUAAUCGCUUUCGGGAAACGGGCAUCCGAGCUGCCGUCCUCGCAAAUCCCCAGUCUUAACAUCGAUGAAAUUUCAAGAUCGAGCAGAACUUCGGAUGCGAACUCGUCGUGCGGAGAGAUUUGGACGGAGUACAAUGAGAUGAGCCGAGAAAGCAUGGUCAAAGUAGCGGAAAACACAGCCUACACUGCUACAACCGUUCUUGAUCUUCUCCGGUUUGUCGCCCCGAAAAUGAUGAGAAGAGCCGAGGCUCAUUUCUCUCACGGCAUUGCUGAUGAUCUCGACGACCCGAAGUAUCGCCAUUACAAGUAUUGGUCUAAUCCUCUCGAAACCAAAUUACCCGAUGCACCGGACAUCGAGAUGUACUGCCUAUACGGAGUGGGAAUCCCGACCGAAAGAUCUUACAUUUACAAGCUCUCCUCAACCUCGUCAUCGGGACAAUGCAAGAGCAGUAUCCCCUUCCGGAUAGACAGUUCGGUAGAUGGAGAAACAAAAGAUAGCUGUCUGAAAGGAGGAGUUCACUUCGUAGACGGAGAUGAGAGCGUGCCCGCGAUAAGCGCAGCGUUCAUGUGCGCAAAGGGGUGGAGAGGAAAGACGAGGUUUAACCCGUCGGGAAUGGAAACGUAUGUUCGGGAAUACAAGCACAAACCUCCGGGAAGCUUGUGGGAAGGUCGGGGAAUGGAAAGCGGAGCUCACGUCGAUAUAAUGGGGAACUUCGGGCUCAUUGAGGACGUUUUGAUGAUAGCGGGUGGAGCGUCGGGUCGAGAAAUCGGCGGCGACAGGGUUUAUUCGGACGUGAUGAAGCUGUCGGAAAGGAUUAACGUCAGGUUGUGAAGGAGAGAGAAUUCAGACAAAAGGGUCAGUGAGAUUUUCAUGUCUCUCUCUACUGAAAAAUAACGGAGUCCGAGGAUUUCUGUGGAAUCCCCCAUGGAAUAAAGCAGUUUUGAGUUUUUUUUUUUAAUUUAUUUAAAGAGAAGAGAGACGAAACUGUAGAGAGAACUCUUUCACUGAUCUUUUUAAUUCUAAACUCAAUGGUUCAUCAAAAAAAAAUUCAAAGGGCUGAUGUAAAAAGCCAAGAAACA